GCAAUGCGGAGGCUUUUUUUACAGCCUAGGAAUGGUUGAAUAUUUCGGUGAUGGGAGCCAUGAAUCGUGGCUUGAGGAUUUGAAGAAAGCAGCGGCGAAAGGUCACAAGGAAGCAACAUAUGUAUAUGGGAUUAUCUUGUUGUGUGCUGGAGGUGAGUCGAAAGAACAAGGAAUGGAGCUUCUGUGUUCUAUGAAAAACGAAAAGUCGCUGGAAGGUUUGAGUCUUGCAGUACGAAGAGAAAGAAUCAAGGCUGCACUUCAUCGCUUGUGGAAGAUUAACACUAAACUUGUUCCGAAAGAAGAGUUAGGGUGCCAUACAUUGACAUGCAUCGAUGCAAGAACAGCAAAUGGGUAUGGGUGGCCAUUGAUAGGCGAUGAAGAAGAUCUCAUGGCUUGUAAAUUUUGAAUACCAAGUUAGACAAUUCUGUAAUACAGUAUGUUGUAGGGAUCAGAUUGCAUAUAUAAUUUUGGUUUACACAAAAUCAAA